UUUCAGGCUUCGAAAUGAAGUUAAAAAAUUGCAAUCUAUUUCAAAACAGAAUGAGCCGCAAAAAGUAAAUUUGUUAAAACGUAAAAUGGAAAUGCUACGUGAAUGUUUAGCGAAAAGAGAACAGGAACAUAUUAUAUCUGAAAAGACAUAUGCAAAUCACUUAUCUGCAUUAAUUCGACAGCAUGAAUUACGAGAAAGAAGUUUGCAAAUUCAAUUAGCCGCUCAAAGAGCUGAAUUAACUUACCAAAAAGACGUACCCGACGAUCAAAACACGUUUUUACGAGAUAUAGAAAAGCGUUAUCAAAAAUUGUUAAUGGAACAACGAAGUGUUUUUAUUGAACAACAUAAAAAGGAUUUGAAGACAAUCGCUGAGCUUACGGAACAGUUAAGACCUUUUAAACAUAAAAAAUCGGAUACUUGA